UCCCGUGCUGGGCAAAAAGCCCUUAAUAUAAUAAUAGCUUGUCUCUUUAAAAAGCGAAAGGAGGGGGGUAAGUUUUGUUGGCAUCUGGUUUCUGAUCUCAUUAUGUUGUGGUUGACCAAUCCAGCCCUCGGGGCUGGUCCUCGGGUUUAAAUCUCAUUGGCCGAGAGAACAUUUUGGGAUGGUGCUCAGAGCUCGACGGGGCGGUUUCAAGGAUCCCUUUUUUGGGGGGCUGAAGAGAGGGCGGGGCCGCCGGCGAGGGCCCACUUGAAACCGACUAAUUGGGAUCGGAGAGGCCGAGGUGAGGGCUUGGAGGAAGGCACAAAGGAGUCGCUGGGCGGAGAAGGGAGGGGAGAGGCGAGAGGAGGAGGAAGAGGAGGAGUGAGGGCAAGCCGCGCGCCGUGUCUCAGGCGGCUCAGUCAGACCCCGGCGAGCUAGCGGGCAGGCGCGCCGCCCCCCUUCCCCGCCCGGCCUCCCCAACUCGGCAGCCGCGAGCAAAGUUUGCAAAGAGACGCGGGAGGCGGCGGCCGCGGCGAGGCGGCGGCGGGGAAGGCGCGCGGUCUCGGGGCUGCGGGCGGGGGCGGGGGGGCGCCCGGGAGCCGGGUGGGGGGCGGCGGCCAGCAUGCGGCCCCGCAGCGCCCUGCCCCGCCUGCUGCUGUCGCUACUGCUGCUGCCCGCCGCCGGGCCGGCCCAGUUCCACGGGGAGAAGGGCAUCUCCAUCCCGGACCACGGCUUCUGCCAGCCCAUCUCCAUCCCGUUGUGCACGGACAUCGCCUACAACCAGACCAUCAUGCCCAACCUUCUGGGCCAUACGAACCAGGAGGACGCGGGACUGGAGGUGCACCAGUUCUACCCGCUGGUGAAGGUGCAGUGCUCGCCCGAACUGCGCUUCUUCCUGUGCUCCAUGUACGCACCCGUGUGCACUGUGCUGGAGCAGGCCAUCCCGCCGUGCCGCUCCAUCUGCGAGCGGGCGCGCCAGGGCUGCGAGGCGCUCAUGAACAAGUUCGGUUUCCAGUGGCCCGAACGCCUGCGCUGCGAGCACUUCCCCCGCCACGGCGCGGAGCAGAUCUGCGUGGGCCAGAACCACUCGGAGGACGGUGCGCCCGCGCUGCUCACCACGGCGCCGCCGCCGGGCCUGCAGCCGGGUGCGGGGGGCACCCCGGGCGGCCCGGGUGGCGGCGGCUCGCCCCCGCGCUAUGCCACGCUGGAGCACCCGUUCCACUGUCCGCGUGUCCUCAAGGUGCCGUCCUAUCUCAGCUACAAGUUCCUGGGCGAGCGCGACUGCGCGGCUCCUUGCGAGCCGGCGCGGCCCGACGGCUCCAUGUUCUUCUCCCAGGAGGAGACGCGCUUUGCGCGCCUCUGGAUCCUCACCUGGUCCGUGUUGUGCUGCGCCUCCACCUUCUUCACUGUCACCACAUACCUGGUGGACAUGCAGCGCUUCCGCUACCCGGAGCGGCCCAUCAUCUUUCUGUCCGGCUGCUACACCAUGGUGUCGGUGGCCUAUAUCGCGGGCUUCGUGCUCCAGGAGCGCGUGGUGUGUAACGAGCGCUUCUCCGAGGACGGCUACCGCACGGUGGUGCAGGGCACCAAGAAGGAGGGCUGCACCAUCCUCUUCAUGAUGCUCUACUUCUUCAGCAUGGCCAGUUCCAUCUGGUGGGUCAUCCUGUCGCUCACCUGGUUCCUGGCGGCGGGCAUGAAGUGGGGCCACGAGGCCAUCGAGGCCAACUCGCAGUACUUCCACCUGGCCGCGUGGGCCGUGCCCGCCGUCAAGACCAUCACAAUCCUGGCCAUGGGCCAGAUUGACGGCGACCUGCUGAGCGGCGUGUGCUUCGUGGGCCUCAACAGCCUGGACCCGCUGCGGGGCUUCGUGCUGGCGCCGCUCUUCGUGUACCUGUUCAUAGGCACGUCCUUCCUCCUGGCCGGUUUCGUGUCACUCUUCCGCAUCCGUACCAUCAUGAAGCACGACGGCACCAAGACGGAGAAGCUGGAGCGGCUUAUGGUGCGCAUCGGCGUCUUCUCGGUGCUCUACACGGUGCCCGCCACCAUCGUCAUCGCCUGCUACUUCUACGAGCAGGCCUUCCGAGAGCACUGGGAGCGCUCGUGGGUGAGCCAGCAUUGCAAGAGCCUGGCCAUCCCGUGCCCGGCGCACUACACGCCGCGCAUGUCGCCCGACUUCACCGUCUACAUGAUCAAAUACCUCAUGACGCUCAUCGUGGGCAUCACGUCGGGCUUCUGGAUCUGGUCCGGCAAGACGCUGCACUCGUGGAGGAAGUUCUACACCCGUCUCACCAACAGCCGGCACGGCGAGACCACCGUGUGAGCCGGCGCUCCCGCGCGGUGUCCCCAGCAGGCCCGCACGGCGCGCUCUGCCCGCGGGGAGGGGAGGGGGGGCUCCUACAGACUUCUUAUUUUAUUUUUUUAAAUAAAGAACAAUCGAAACCAUUUCUUUUUUAGGUCGCUUUUUAAAGAGAACUCUGCCCAACACCCCCACCAGGUUUGUAAUUAAAACUGUAAAUAGUCUUUGUAAAUUUAAUUAUAUAUUUUCUAUUUAAAA